UUUAUUUUAUUUUCCCAAUCUUAGAAGCUAAAAGCAGAGGUUUUGCCAUGGCAGUGUAAAGAACAGAAAGUAAUAUAUAUAUAUAUAUAUAUAUAUAUAUAAAGGGAAAAUGGGAAGGAUAUUUGCUGUUGAGCUUGAAGGAAGGUCUUAUAGAUGCAAGUUUUGUAGAACUCACUUAGCUCACCCUGAUGAGCUUGUUUCCAGGUCUUUCCAUUGUCGCCGGGGGAAUGCUUACCUUUUCAAUAAUGUGGUGAACAUAACAGUUGGAGCCUUAGAAGAGAGGCAGAUGCUAUCCGGAAUGCAUACUGUGGCAGAUGUAUUUUGCUGCUGUUGUGGGCAAAUUGUUGGCUGGAAAUAUGAGACGGCACGCGAGAAGGAUCAAAAGUACAAAGAAGGAAAAGUUGUCCUUGAGAGGGGAAGGGUCGUCGACGGAAUCGACAUCUCACCGGAAGUAUUCAUCGACACCCGUCCUAGUACGAGCGACGGCGAAAACUAGGAUGUAAACCACACUGUUUCUGAAGUAGAUGUACAAAUAUAGCAGGUGGAAUGCUCAUGUGAUAAUUGACAUUUAGUACCAAAGUAGUCAAUGCCAUGCUGCUAGUUUUGGUGUACC